GAGAUACUCGCCAAGGUGCUUUCUGACCGUGAAACUGGGCGCCCCCAUUCUCGGGCGAACGCACAGCUGCAAGCUCAUACUGCUGAGCGGAUGUUCCAGUGGCAUCGCUUUUACAGUGACCGCGGUAAGGUCCCGGAGCUUGCUUACUCUCGGAGUGCUGACUUCGAGGCCUUCACGGAGUGGUGUGCGGUUGAAACGCGCGCCGAGAACCUCCUCAUCCUUUGGGAG